AUGAUUUUCCUGUGGGCGCUUCUAGUGUGUACGGUGGCGGCGUUGAAUGCGGAAGAUUUGGUGGGGACGUGGACAACCAAAUCGAAGCAAGUCUUAACUGGACCGGGUUUCUACGAUCCCAUUAACGACAAAUUUCUGGAGCCCAACUUGACCGGCAUCUCGUACUCUUUUGACGGCAAAGGUCACUAUGAACAGGCUUUCUACCGCGCUAUUGCGAAUCCCACCGACCCAUCCUGUCCCUCGGGAAUCAUGCAAUUCCAACAUGGAAGCUACUCUGUUUCAGCCGAUGGUUCCAUGAUACUUCAUCCGAUUGCCAGCGAUGGUCGACAGUUACUCUCCGAGCCCUGCUUAAAAAACACCGCCAGCUAUACUCGAUACAACAACACUGAACAUAUCAAGUCCUUCUCCGUUUCCGUCGAUGCCUACCAUAAAGUCCCCCGACUCGACCUGACUCAGUCCAGUGGGACUAUCAUGCAUCCUAUGUUCCUGGCAUACCGUCCCCCAAAGAUGCUACCUACCAACACCCUCAACCCCAUGCCGACAGCAUCUGGCAAGAAUAAGAAGCGAGAUCUGUCCAGUCCCGACCUUCACCUCGUGAUCAAGGAAGAAUUGAUUAAUCCGAAUCAUUGGUGGUGGUUUGGCGUGCUGGCGACGUCGCUCGGUGGUGCCGCUUUCUUCUUUUCUUGA